AUGCAAGAGUUAGAUCUGAACAUGUCAUCGCUUGAGGCAAUGUCUGAUAACCAGCUGAAAGAACUGUGCGUGUACUGUAAAGUUGCAAAACCUUUCUCAUUGUCCAAGGUAAAUUUUAUUAUAUAGACUAUAGAAAACCCCAUAUAUGAGACCCAAGGUUUUUCCAGGUUUAGAUUCACAUUUUAUUAAGAAAAAACCCAAAUCAUUUUCCGAAGGUGUGGUAAAUAUUGGGCCCUACUUAUAUUUGCUGUAAUUACGUACUGUACAUUCUAAUGACUACUAUAGUUCCCAUCUAUCUAUAAAUAAUUUAUACAAUUAAAUUAUGCACAAAUUAGUCAUAUAAAUAAAGAAUGGCAGCUUAUCUUUGAUUUAUAAUUCUUGGUUUUGACUUUAUUUAAAAAAAUAGAAAAUUUCAGCAGGUUCUUAUAUGCAAAAAGUUGUGUAUCAGGUUCUUAAAUUUUAGUUGAAAUUGGAGCAGAGAAGUAACAACAUGAUUAACAUGGUGUACACGAGUACAGGGGAAGAGGUUAUUUUGCUGCCCUCAGAGUGACAAAACGUAACAAAGGAACGGUUUUACUAACACUAACCCUACUCCAAACACCAACUCUAACCCUAAUCCUUACUCUAACCUAACCCUACUCCAAAUUUGUUUCUAAACCAAUCUUCAAGAAAAAAGUUUUGACGAAAUGUCAUUCUGAGGUCAGCAAAAUAGUUGAUGCCAAGUACAGACUUUCGAUUGGAUUUCCAUUGCGACUAGUCAACAUUUGAAGUGUAAUUUUUAAAUUUGGUGGCCAUGCAGGAGUUGUAUGCAAAACUUGACCCAAACAUUUCUUUAACCCAUUAAGCACCAGCGCUCUCCCCUUGACGAGUAAAAUCAUCUGGCGUUAGACAGAGUAAAAUACUCUGGCGUUAGACAGAGUAAAAUACUAAAGUAGGGUGCAAUGCGACUCAAUGGGUUAAUGUAAUCUAUGUAUGGAGCAAUCACAUGGUAAUAAUCUGUUGUUUUAUAGGCAAUGAUGAUCUAUAGCCUGCACACUUUGUAUGCUGUUUUGGUAACUGGGUCUUCUGCCUGUCAUGGUUUUACACAGGUUCCAGGGAAUACUGGUGGAUUUUACCAUAUGGUGUGCAUACAUAUGGGGUACUGCAAUACAAUAAAUUACCUGUAAUAUUAUAUUUAUACCACACAGAUAUAAUAUACUGUAGCUUGUCCAAUCAAGAAUUUAGGUGCAAUGCAUAGUAACUUUCAGCGAAUUACAUGCAUGCCCCGGGAAAUUUAUAAUUAUAGCCAUUUUUCUGCCUUAGCAAAGUCGUGGGAAUAAAUGGUGAUAAAUAAAUGUUGAACACGUUAGAUAUCCAGACAUCCACGUGUUUAAAUUUUUUACACUUUUUUUACACUGUAGAUCACUGCGGCUUCAAAAUUUUUACUCCUGCAAGAGUCAGUGAGAGAUGCCGCAGAUCUUUAUCUCUCCCUAAAGUAUCCCCCUCAUCUUUUUGUUUUGGAUACUCCAUGUGGUUUCUCUCGUCAUGUUAAUUUAAGAGAGCCCGACCUAGCUGCCAUGUUUUGGGGUGAUACCCUUGGUUGUUGUGAGAAACCUUUGCUUGAAAUGCAACCAAAUCUGGUAUAUUUUUUACAACUUAUGAUAUGCAACUUCCUGCUGUGAAGCAAAAUGUUUAGACUAUGUGAAGUGCAUACAUUUUGAAACACAUAACCACAACUUUGCCACUUAGCAGGAAAACAUUCUUACAAAUCCUUGCAUGUCACACCAGUGCUACGUCACAAGCCGGAAACUUUACCCGGUAAGUGUUUCCAUAUGAACAGAACAAAAUUAUUUGGCUAGUUGAAAUGUUUUUCGCUAACUGGGAUAACUUUUCCCCAUGUCAAAAGACCCUUAGAAAAAAAUAAAUUAAUUGUCCAAAGUUCAGAAUUAACUAUUGCAUGAUCAUGUUCGAAAUAAUCACCAAUACCAUUGGAUGAGACAACGCGUUUGGGUUUUUAAAUAUUUUUGCAUGAAUCAUGUUCAAAAUUCACAUCACACACAAUUUCUAAAUGCUUUUUAGGGAAUAAAUGUACCAGCGCUUGUAACGUCAGAGUACCAUGCAGCAGAUAAGGAAAUGAUUGAUCCUGGAGAUACCAUAGCACAUCCACUCACUGGUAUGACACAGAGAUACGUUUUGGGAGGUAGAUUUCAUGCGGCAAAUAACCCACACAAGUCCCCAUUAUGUCGGUAUCAACCAUCAAGACAAGCUACCAGGAGUCGGAAAACAACAGGAAAAAUGUACGACGACUCAGAAGUUCAUGCAUGCAAAAUUUUUCUCCUCAUUAUUUUUACAAUUACUUAA